GCACCGCCCUGCCCCCUCACCGUCCCUGGCCUGCAGUCCCGCGGAGAGACGGCGGCGCCGGGACAGCGGGCGGAGGCUGCGCGGGCGCCGGGAGCGGGGGCGCGGUCUGGAAGCUGACAUGCGGUUCGACUGCCUUCUCUUCUGGCAGCAGACGUCCGAGCCAAGAAGUACCACUGGAGUUUGAUGUUUGUGUCUGCUUCUCCGAGGCCAAGGAAUUAGCUCCUUAGAAGGCAACAGUACUAUGCAUGUCAUGAACUGUGUCUCCCUGGCCGGCGACAAAGAAAAUGGAACUCUUGCCACAGCAGCUGCAUUCAUGACUGGGCAGACGUCACCCUCUGCUUCUCCUCCACCUCCUCCUCCACCGCCUCCACCUCCACCUUGUCCACAUUCAGGGGAGGGCUUUCCCCCCUCGCCCCCUCCCCCUCUGCCACCUCCACUGCCUGGGGGACCUCCUGUGCCCCCUCCUCCUCCAGGACUGCCCCCAGCUUCUUACCUGAAUGGCUACAGCUCCCUGGGUAAGAAGAAACGAAUGCGAAGCUUCUUCUGGAAAACCAUUCCAGAGGAGCAAGUCCGAGGCAAGACCAACAUCUGGACCUUAGCAGCCAAGCAGCAGCAUCACUACCAGAUCGACAAGAAGACCAUCGAGGAGCUUUUUGGGCAGCAAGAAGACACCUCCAAGGCUUCUCUCCCCAAGAGAGGAGGAGCUUUGAAUUCGUCCUUCAGAGAUGCCCGGGAAGAGAUUGCCGUCUUGGAUGCAAAGCGAAGUAUGAACAUUGGCAUAUUUCUUAAGCAGUUUAAAAAGUCUCCUCAGUCCAUCGUAGAGGAUAUCCAUCAAGGAAGGAGUGAGCAUUACGGAUCAGAGACGCUUCGAGAAAUCCUUAAGCUUUUGCCAGAGUCCGAAGAGGUAAAGAAAUUAAAGACAUUUAACGGCGAUGUGUCCAAGCUCUCUCUGGCAGAUUCCUUUCUGUACUGCUUGAUUCAGGUGCCAAACUAUUCACUUCGGAUCGAAGCCAUGGUGCUAAAGAAGGAAUUCUUGCCAUCCUGUACUUCCCUGUACAAAGACAUCACGACCCUGAGAGCUGCUAUGAAAGAGCUGAUGUUAUGUGAGGAGCUACAUUCAAUAUUACACUUGGUACUCCAGGCUGGGAACAUCAUGAAUGCCGGAGGGUAUGCCGGCAAUGCUGUAGGAUUUAAACUGUCUUCUCUACUCAAGUUGGCCGACACAAAGGCAAACAAACCUGGAAUGAACCUUCUGCAUUUUGUAGCUCAGGAAGCCCAGAAGCAUAAUACCAUCCUUCUAAAUUUUUCUGAGAAGUUGCAGCAUGUGCAGGAGACAUCGAGAUUAUCUCUGGAUAUCACUGAGGCAGAACUGCACUCACUCUUUGUCAGAACGAAAUCGCUGCGGGAAAACAUCCAGCGGGACCAGGAGCUGUGUCAGCAGAUGGAAGACUUCCUCCAGUUUGCUGUGGAAAAGUUGGCCGAGCUGGAACUCUGGAAACGGGAGCUGCAGGUCGAGGCUCAUACCCUUAUAGAUUUUUUCUGUGAAGACAAAGAAACCAUGAAGCUGGAUGAAUGCUUCCAGAUAUUCAGAGACUUCUGUACCAGAUUCAACAAGGCGGUUAAGGACAACCAUGACCGGGAGGAACAGGAGCGGAAGCAGCUACAGAGGCUGAAGGAGCUGGAACAGAAGAGGCAUUCCUGGACAACGGGGGAACUCGGGGGCUUUGGCCGGAGCAGCAGUGAGAAUGACGUUCAGAUGCUGGCUAAGAAGGGCACAGAGGACCUGCCCUCCUUUCUGAAGCCCAGGCCCAACAGCCCCUCCUACCGGCCCCCCAACACCCGUCGCUCCCGCCUCUCCCUGGGCAUCUCUGCUGACCGCGAGCUUUUGACCUUCUUGGAGAGUGCCACCAGCAGUCCAGAGGACCCCAACAAAUUCAACAGUUUGCCCCGGAGCAGUCCCAGGCAAACUCGGCCCACCAUCGCCUGGAUGGAACCCAGAGAACAACAGAGCCACGGCCCUGACUUUACACAUGAACCUCAGGCCUCAGAGAACCAGGAGCAAGCCCCUCACCCUGCUUGGCAAAAUCAUCUCCCACCAUCCUGGCUGGGGGAGCCUGUUUCUCCUUCUCCACCGGCUGGACGGGGCAGGCCGAGCCUCCGGAAAAGGAGCAGUGAACCUGUAGGCUUGGGGACCGCACAAAGCCCUCCACUCUUACCGUUGGAUCUGGGCAUUAGGGAGCAUGAGUUGGUCACAGGGCUGACCCAGUUUGACCUCCAGAGUCCCAAGAGCCUGGAGGAAACAUCCCAACUGACUCCGAAUGACUUCUGUCCCACAAAGCUGCCACCUCCAGGGGAUAAGAGCUCACAGCCCUUUGAUGCUGGCGGUGACAGCCGUGCACCCAAGGACACAGAUCCCCAGGAAGACAGGGCCAUCUCUGAUGAACCCAGCAGUGAGGCUCUUGUGUCUGUGGUUGUCACCGACACUGAAGAUAAGGAUCCUGGAUCUCUGUUAUAUGUCUCAGAUACCACAGACUGCUCGCUGACUCUGGACUGCUCUGAGGGAACAGACUCCAGACCUGGAGGAGACAAGCACCGGGACGAGAAGGAGGGCGAUGGCUCAGUGUCCUCUGGGGCUGGAGAGGCAGGAAGCAGCCAGGUUUCCUCCAACCCUGCAUCCAGUCCCCCUGGGGAGGUUCCUGCUCCAAAAUCCACUAAGAGUGAGCCCAGCUGCCAAGGCGGCCUUCAGAAGGACAGACCCAGCAGAGGGAAGGAUGCCAUGGCACCAAAGAGAAAUUCCUUCAAAGAGGCAUCAGUGGGGGCUUCAAAGCCUGUCAGUGCCCGGCGCAGCCAAGGGGUAGCCUCCAAGCCUGUGCGAACCUUGAACUCCUCUGAGAACGAGCAUAUGCGCAAAGUGGUCCCCAUCUCCAAGUCCAGCAGGGGAGCAGGGCCCUGGAAGCGGCCGGAACUGACAUCCAGGGCUACCCCUCGGGAGACACCCAGCAGCACAGACACACAGCUAUCACGAAGGAGCUCAGUGCGGGGAACUUCUGACACUUCGCCCAGGAGGCCCCAGGUGAGUGGAUCUGGGGCAGAGGAGCCCAGACUGCCCCGCUCAAGUGGCAGCAUUGGUGGACGGCCAGGGAAGGACCCCACUCUGCAGCCCAGAGCCUCGUUCAGGAAGCCCAGCGCCAAGCCCCUCAGAAACAUCCCCAGGCAGAAACCUGAAGAAAACAAGGUCAGCAGCCCCAACUCGCGAGACCCUGAGAGUCCCAAGGAAGAGCCCAAGGCUCCUCAGGCUCCUGGUGCCUCUCGAGCCCUCCCCCCUACCCCAAGUUUUGCUCGAAAUACAGUGGCCUCGUCAUCUCGGAGCAUGCGCGCGGAUGCUCCACCUGCUGCCAGAGCCACUGGCAUCACCAGGACAGUCUCUCAACGGCAGCUUAGGGUCAAAAGUGGUUCCGAGGAUUCUGCCUCCAAGGACAGUGGCACUUUGAAGAGGGCCAGCAGCGCUCGGGCCUCCAAGAAGUGUCCUGAAUCUGCUGGGGGUUCAAGUGCCAAUGUAGAAACCCCACUGAAGGGCAGAGGGACUACGGAAAGAUCCUCUCUCAGACUGAAGGACUCGGGGCAGGCCACCCUCGGGAGGAUCCUCCGUCCCCUGCAGAAAUGAUGAAGCCUGUUUGCAUCUCCGCCUUGUGGGAUUUUAGCUGCCGGGACUGGCUGCUGGGGGGAGGACACAGAGGCCAGUCUUAAAAGUCUUGUUACACAUCAAGCAACUCACUGGUGCCACCUGCUAAAGGUCACGUCACUAAAGGUACACGGAAUGCUAUAGCCUGCUGUGCAGACUUCUGCUUCGAAAUCAAAGCCAAGAGUACCCUUAUUCUGCACAGUACUUUGUCAGGGGCUGGCACCUCCUGUCACUCAUACUCAGGACCCUAUCCCUAACUCCUGCCCCAAGACAAAGAUCCAAUAAUAGUCUGGACAUGUAAAAUGACAGUUCUUAUGUAACAAGUAAAAAAAUUUUUCUGGCCAGUUUUUAUAUAUCAAAGACUUAUUUUUUAAUAUUAUAAAAAUAAAAAAUAUGUUUUAGUUCCUU